ACGUUUUAAUAUCCCCGUCGUGGCGUCGUCCAUCGACAUUCCCCUCACUCCCCAUUUCCUUCCGUCCGUCCGUCACUCCCCAUCUCUUGCCCGCUUCUCUCCGCUUCGCUCGCCUUCUGCUUUGGAGCGGGGGAGUUUGCAGUGGUUGCUGUUCGCACGCUGGACUCGGGUUGCUGCUUUGUUCUCCAAGGGUGUGAGGAGGUUUCUUGGAGUGUGGAAGAAAUGGCGGAGGAACGGUCGAAUGGCGUCGAAGAUUUCUGGCUGCCGGAAGAGUUUCUUGACGACGACUUCUUCUCCGAGGAGGAGAAGGCGGCGGUGGCCGCUAGGAGCGAGAGUGACGAGGAAGACUGCUUGACGGGCCUGUCGCGCCGCCUUGCGGGGCUCGUCGGCGACGAUGACGCCCGCACGCCCCUGUCCAAGGCGGAGGUGACUGUGGGGUCGCCGCAGUCGACGCUGUGCGGCCUGCCGAAGUCAGGGCAGGAGAGCCCCAACGGCGGGGCGUCCAAGGGUACCUCGCCGCCUUCGUCGCCGUUGGAGCAGCAGCCGGCCGACCCGUGGGAGCUACUCUACGAGGCAGCCGGCCAGGUGGCGCGCAUGCGAGCGGUGGCCGACAGCAUCCCGUUGCCUGGUAACCCGUAUGGUGGCUUCGUGCCGCCAGCGAUGAAGCAGUCCCCGCCGCCGCCUGUGGCGGUUGCCGCGCCGGCUGCCAAGGUCCCUGCUGGCCGGUACUACCACCCGUUCGCCCACCUGGUCACGCAGCGCCAGAUGCAGGCCGCUCAGUUUCAUCUCCUCAAACAACAACAGCUGCUCAAGCUGCAGAGAGAGCGUCAACUGGCCGCGGCCGCGGCGUGGAGCGCGCGCCAGAGUGCCGUGGCCAAAGCCGGCGGGUCCGCCGCUGAACCGCUUGGGCUGAACCGAUCGGCGUGGCCGCCACUACAGAAGCCCCAACAGCGCCACGCGCCGGCUCCCGCUGCAGCCGGCAUGCGCGCGGUGUUCCUAUCCCCGCCCGGCGCCAAGAGCGAGCGCACUGGGACCGGCGUUUUCCUGCCCCGCCCGGCUGGCGCCCCAGCGGAGCCAAGGAAAAAGCCAGGCUGCUCGACGGUGCUUGUCCCAGCCCGCGUCGUGCAAGCCUUGAAUCUGAACCUGGAGGACCUCGGCGCCCAGCCUUGCUACCCCGGCGGCUUCGUUCUUGAUCACGAUGCCUUGAUUAGCCGGAGCAACGCCAUGCUGGCGAGCCAGAAGCGGCGUGCUGCCGCUGCCGCCGUUCCUGCGCAGGCACUCUGCCAUGGUUCUUAAGUUCAGUCACCGGCUAGAGCAGAGGAAGGGAGCCACCCAGAUUCCGGCGACAUCCUUUAUCUGUUUUUCUUCAGUUUAGUCUAAUCUUAAUAAUGAGAAUUAGUAAUAGUAAUUUGUGUUAGGUAGUGUGUUAGCAACAGAGUUAGGAGGCAGUUGUAGUAGCUUCAGUGUUAGGUCUUUCUUUCUGGAUUCUGUGGUAUAUUGGUUUUUUUGGCUUGUGGACGGAAAAGCGGUGGAGAUGGGCGGGGACGAAGAAAUCCAUGUCUCAGUUUGGUGGUUUGGAGGAGAAAUAAUAAUAAGUGGUUCGAGAGAGGUGUUUGCUGCCGCAAAGCAAGAAAGUUGAUGAUGAGAAAAAGGAUCGGAUGGGGGUCACCUUGGAGACAGAAAAUAAGAGGCCAUUUCCCCAUUCAUGGCUUUACUUGUUUUGGGUGCUAGCCAAGGAGUUCCAGCACAGACCCAGCUAAGGUCUCUCUCUACCCUAUUUUUUGCAGCCUUUUUUACUUGCAAAAGAAGCUUUGCCGUGGGCUCCAUGAAUAAGGGCCUUUGUUAUGUUACUUAUGUAGUUAUGUAUGCUAGAGUAUGAUCGAAGGAUUUAUUGGUGUUUUUCUUGUAUUAGCUAGCAGUUACUGUGUCCCCUGACUUUUGUUACAAGGGUCAUUAGGAGUGAAGUAGGCAGUUGCUUGGCUGCAGCAGCAGCAAAGGUGGGGCGAUUUUUAUAUAUUUUGUGUACUACUUGUUCCAUGGCAUCAUGGGACCUUAAUAUAAUGGAAUUUUAUUUCCUAAUACGGUGCA